UUAUGUAGGUUUAACUUAGCAAAUUAAUUAAUAGGUUAAAUUAAAUAAUUUUAUCUGGUUAAAUUCUAACAAAUUCAUGAUUUAUUUGUUGUGUAUGUGCAUCGAAGAUUACACUUGUUCAUCUUGUGGUCAACAUUUGAGAUUAGGUAUUUUAGACUCUUAACUGAAUGACUGAGUUUGGAAGAAUCAAAACAUUUUUUUAACCCUAUAUUUGACAAUGAUUAGAAUAUUUAGUUUCCUUAAAGCUUGGUCAUUUUUGUGGGAGAAAUACGAGUUGUUCAAUCUGGGUGUGCAAAAUGCUGUGAUAUUUCUAUGGUGUUUGGAUAUUUUAUCAUUUGAAUGUCUUGAGAAUUCGAGGUUUGUAAUUAAUUGAGUGUCUUUGUCAGUGACUAUGAUGUGUUUGCUGACUCUAGUUUUCUGUAAAUUACUUAGUGUGUGUUUGAAAUGUUGGUAAGUUUGGCAAAAUCAUGGUGAUACUAUCAUUUUGUUGAAGCUUCAAACUGGAAUUUUUGUCAACCGUAAUUCCGUCAAACUCGCUGCUAACCGAAACAUACUUUUUGAUGUUUGGUUUUUGAGAUGGCUGACAUUUGAAAGACAAGUUUGGACUAGCUUAAGAGAGCUUCUCGAUUUAAAAAGUUUAUUAACUUCACUUGCAACAUUGUCCUUGUAACUGUUCCUGAAGACGAUAAACUAGAGACUUUUUUAAAGAAUUGAGUUGCAGAAUCUCAUCAAACUUGUACGGUCUAGAAGUAUGUCCUUGUUUGUGGAGAAGUUUGUCCAAACUUAUUCUAAAUAUGAAACACAUGACUUUUGAGCAUCGAGCUGUUGUUUACUUAAUAUGGCAGUAGUGAGAUAAUGUUAUUAUCCUGUUGUGAAGUAUCCUUUCUUUCUUCUCUUAAUUUUAUAUGUUAUUUGUUCUAAAUUUUGAUAGUGUAAAAGUUGGAUUGAUAGUGGGACUGUUUGCUGAUUAAGAUAUUUUGUAAUUCAUAUGAUGGAGUAAGGCUAUGGGGUAGUUAUUCAAAUUGGGAUCAAUUCAUGCAUCUUAAUGAAUGCUGUGUAGUGUGUUCUGCUUGGUUUCGGCCCAUUUUGGAUGUUCUAGUGAUGGACCUCAUAGUUAUGGGAAAGUGAACUUUGAUGUCUCUCUUUAAUUCUCUGUGGAGGCUUUGUAAGUAAGUCCUUAAAUGACUGCGUAAUUGAGUAUAUAAUUUCAUUCUUUACUGCAUUUGGAACAUCUACUCUUUCAAGGUUUAGAGUAGGGAAUUUUAUUUUGGUACAUGAUUUACUGAGCAUUGUAGUGUGCUAAUAUUUAUAUUGGCUUUGUCUAUAUUAUUGUGAGAGAGGCCUUUGGUUCAAUUUCUUGUAAAAUUUCAACAGCUCAUAGCAAUAUUUAGGUGCUGAGAGAAAUCCUGAAGGGUGCUAAUAUUUAUGUUUAAAACUUCAAGUUAUGUUAUACAUCUCAUUGUUUUUUUAGUUAUUCUCUCGUGUAAAUUUACAAUGAGACGGCUGUUUUAUGGUGUGAAGUAGAACAGAGAAUAUUAAUUCUAUUGAUUCAAUAUAACUUGCUUGUAAAAGAACUGGUUGAAUAGGGUUUAGUUAUUCUUUUGAUUUGAGCCAAUCACGAAAAUAAAAAAUUUGUUUUUAUCUUGGAUCUUUUUACUGGGUUUAAUGAUCUUUCAGUACCCCCUCUUUCUUUUGUUUCUUAAACCUCAUGUGAACCUGAUCUGUUACAAUAAACUAAAACAUUGGGUUGGUUAAUCAGCCUGGUCUGCUUUACUAUAUGUGGUUAAAAUUGUGUUUUGUUAAUUGAAAGUUGGAUGGGGUGGGUAUGGGAGGCAAAGUUUGUGUUUGUAUAUGCGGAAUUGCAUAGAAAAGAAAGGAUUAUCUGCAAAUUUAUUAGAACUGAAAGCUCUCUUUCUCAUCAGUAUUUAUGAUGCAUUUUUGAGUUGCAGAUUUGCACUCAGCGAUCAUGGAAGCGUCCUUAUGGAGUUGGUCUUCUGGUAGGUGGAUUAGAUGAAUCAGGGGCUCACCUCUAUUACAACUGUCCAAGCGGAAACUAUUUUGAAUAUCAGGCUUUUGCAAUCGGUUCGCGUUCACAAGCUGCAAUGACAUAUUUGGAAUGCAAGUUUAACAACUUCACAGCCUCAUCGCGGGAAGAUCUGAUCAAAGAUGCACUCAUUGCAACUAGGGAAUCCUUGCAAGGAGAAAAGCUCAGGAGCUCCGUAUGCACCAUUGUUGUGGUUGGGGUUGGUGAACCAUUCCACAUUUUGGAUCAGGAAACCGUUCAACAGUUGAUCGAUACUUUUGAGAUUGUGAGGGAGGAGGAAAGUGCACCUGCUGAACCUAAGCCAGCAGCUGAUCGGGAUUCUGCUACAGAUCAGGGUUCUGCUGCAGAGCAAGGUGGGGCUGAAAACCAAGGUGGUUCUCCAAUGGACAUUUGAUAACUUAAGAUCCAGUACUUGAGGUGUUAAAAACUAGGGGUGGCAAUAUGAUCCAUGAGAUCCAUAUCCAUCCAAU